CUUAAGUGCCUUUUAAAUGAAAAACAGAAAUGAAUAAAGCUUCACGUCUUUUCUGUCCCGCAUUGAUAAUUCCAAAAAAUGCAGUUGUCAAACAAACGGAACAGUUGUCACUCAGCCAGAAGCUGCUAACUGAGCUCGGCCUCGUCAAAUCUGGCAGCAAUGGCACCUAUCAAAUUAUGCCUAUAGCUCAGCGCGCCUUGGACAAAUGCAUUAAUUUGGUACAGCGCAACAUGCAGGAGGCUGGCGGCCAAAAGAUCAGCCUGCCCGUCCUAACGCCCACGCAGCUGUGGAAGAAGACAGGCCGCCUGGACGGAGAUAUAUCCGAGUUCUAUAUGGUGCGCGAUCGCAGUGGCAAAGAGUUCCUAAUGAGUCCGACUCAUGAGGAAGCGAUCACAGCUAUGUUGGCCACCACAGCGCCCAUUUCCUAUCGCCAGCUGCCCUUGCUUUUAUACCAAAUUGGUCCCAAGUUUCGUGAUGAGCUGAAGUCACGAUUUGGCUUGAUGCGCGCCAAGGAAUUCCUCAUGAAGGACAUGUACACAUUCGAUGUAUCGAAGGAGAAAGCGGAAAUCACUUAUGCAACUGUUAGCGAAGCUUACGAACGCUUCUUCAGGCAGCUGGAGGUGCCUUUUGUUAAAGUUGAGGCGGCCACGGGCAUUAUGGGCGGCAGCUUGUCGCACGAAUACCAUUAUAUUUCCCCAGUCGGCGAGGAUACUCUGCUCAACUGCAGCUCCUGUGGCUAUGCGGGCAAUGCUGAGGUUUUUGGAGAAGAUGCUACUAGCACAUGCCCCAACUGUCAGAGCACACAGCUGAAUCGUGUGCGUGGAGUUGAGGUGGCACACACUUUUCUGCUGGGCGACAAGUACUCCAAGCCUUUGGGUGCGACCUAUCUGAACACCUCAGGCAAGCCGGAAACUCUAGUCAUGGGCUGCUAUGGCAUAGGCAUAACACGCAUCAUAGCUGCAGCGCUGGAAGUGCUCUCCACAGAGCAUCAGCUACGCUGGCCCACGCUGCUGGCGCCCUACGACGUGUGUCUAAUUGGACCAAAGCAGGGCAGCAAGGAGCAAGUGCCAGGGGAGCGCAUAGAGAACGAUUUGCUGCAGCAGUUAACACAAGUCUGCGGCGCAGAGCAGCUGCUGCAUGAUGACCGCAAGGAACUGACCAUAGGCAAACGUUUGAUGGAAGCGAAACGCUUGGGUCACCCACUCACCAUUGUUGUGGGCGCCAAGGCAACGCAAGGAGAGGCGCCCAAGCUGGAACUGCAUGCAAGUGGGGCGGACCCAGUGGAGUUGAAUACAACUGAAGUGCUGGAGCGUGUGGCAUCGCAUGUGCGGCACAAGCAGCAGCUCUUGCAGCAAAUACCCAGCAGUGAAACGGAUGUUCGAGUAAGACAAACUGUUGGUCAUGUGUAUUAGCUUUAUGUCUAUAAUAAAGAUAAC